GUGUGCUGUCGGGGCGAGGAAGAUAUGGCUACUGAAGGGGACGUGGAGCUAGAGUUGGAAACUGAGACCAGCUGUCCGGAGCGGCCCCCGGAGAAACCACGGAAGCAUGACAGCGGGGCGGCGGACCUAGAGCGGGUCACCGACUAUGCAGAAGAGAAGGAGAUCCAGAGCUCCAAUUUGGAGACGGCGAUGUCCGUCAUCGGAGACAGGCGGUCCCGGGAGCAGAAGGCCCGACAGGAGCGGGAGAAGGAACUGGCAAAGGUCACUAUCAAGAAGGAAGAUCUGGAGUUGAUAAUGUCAGAGAUGGAGAUUUCCCGAGCAGCUGCGGAAAGGAGCUUGCGGGAGCACAUGGGCAACGUGGUGGAGGCUCUCAUUGCCCUAACCAACUGAUUGAGGCUUUUUCAGACAUGUCUUCUGUACUAACUUAUUGCAAUAAAGAUUUUUUUCUUUUGCAGUUUUA